AUGUUGUGCCAACAUGACCAGAGUUUUGCUUUGCUUCAAUUGAAGAUAGCCUUUUCCAUGAUAAGUGCGGCCACUACCAGCAAUUCUCGUUAUCCUAAGACAAAUUCUUGGAAAGAAGGCACAGAUUGCUGCAAGUGGGAUGGUGUCUUUUGCAAUAUAGAAACGGGUAAUGUAAUUGGCCUUAACCUUUCUUACAAUGAUUUUAGCAACUCCAAAAUUGUAUCUCAGUUGUACUUCUCUUUGAAUAAUUUCAGUGAUCAAAUCUCAUCUUCAAUUAGAAAUCUUAAGGAGCUUUCUUCGUUAUACCUCUCUAAUAACAAUUUCAAUUGUCAAGUUCCAUCUUUCCUUGGAAAUCUUAAGAAACUCUCUUUGUUGGACCUCUCUCAUAACAAUUUCAGCGGUCAAAUUCCAUCAUCGUUUGAAAAUCUUCAGGAGCUCUCUUCAUUGUACCUCUCUGCUAACAAUUUCAGUGGUCAAGUUCCAUCUUUACUCGGAAAUCUUAAGAAGCUCUCUCUAUUGGACCUCUCUCAUAAUAAUUUCAAUGGUCAAAUUCCCUCUUCACUUCAAAAUCUUCAAAAUCUCUCAUCGUUGUACCUUUCUGCUAACAAUUUUAGUGGUCAAGUUCCAUCUUUCCUUGGAAAUAUUAGGAAACUCUCUCUAUUGGACCUUUCUCAUAACAAUUUUAUCGGCAUUUCAUCUUCACUUGAAAAUCUUCAGGAACUCUCUUCAUUUUAUCUCUCUACUAACAAUUUUAGCGGUCAAGUUCCAUUUUUUCUUGGAGAUCUUAAGAAACUCUCUCUAUUGGAUCUCUCUCAUAACAAUUUUUGCAGUCAAAUUCCAUCUUCACUUGAAAAUCUUCAGGAGCUCUCUUCAUUGUAUCUCUCUGCUAACAAUUUCAGUGGUCAAGUUCCCUCCUUAUUUGGAAAUCUUAAGAAACUCUCUCUAUUGGACCUCUCUCAUAAUAAUUUCAAUGGCCAAAUUCCAUCUUCACUUGAAAAUCUUCAGGAGCUCUCUUCAUUGUAUCUCUCUGCUAACAAUUUCAGUGGUCAAGUUCCAUCUUUACUUGGAAAUCUCAAGAAACUCUCUCUAUUGGACCUCUCUCAUAACAAUUUCAGUGGUCAAAUUCCAUCUUCACUUGAAAACCUUCAGGAGCUCUCUUCAUUGUAUCUCUCUGCUAACAAUUUCAGUGGUCAAGUUCCAUCUUUACUUGGAAAUCUCAAGAAACUCUCUCUAUUGGACCUCUCUCAUAACAAUUUCAGUGGUCAAAUUCCAUCUUCACUUGAAAACCUUCAGGAGCUCUCUUCAUUGUAUCUCUCUGCUAACAAUUUCAGUGGUCAAGUUCCAUCCUUACUUGGAAAUCUUAAGAAACUCUCUGUAUUGGACCUCUCUCAUAACAAUUUCAGUGGUCAAAUUCCAUCUUCCCUUGAAAACCCUCAGGAGCUCUCUUCAUUGUUUCUCUCUGCUAACAAUUUCAGUGGUCAAGUUCCAUCCUUACUUGGAAAUCUCAAGAAACUCUCUGUAUUGGACCUCUCUCAUAACAAUUUCAAUGGUCAAAUUCCAUCUUCACUUGAAAACCUUCAGGAGCUCUCUUCAUUGUAUCUCUCUGCUAACAAUUUCAGUGGUCAAGUUCCAUCCUUACUUGGAAAUCUUAAGAAACUCUCUGUAUUGGACCUCUCUCAUAACAAUUUCAUUGGUCAAAUUCCAUCUUCACUUGAAAACCUUCAGGAGCUCUCUUCAUUGUAUCUCUCUGCUAACAAUUUCAGUGAUCAAGUUCCAUCUUUACUUGGAAAUCUUAAGAAACUCUCUGUAUUGGACCUCUCUCAUAACAAUUUCAAUGGCCAAAUUCCAUCUUCACUUGGAAAUCUUAAGGAGCUCUCUUCUUUGUACCUCUGUUAUAAUAAUUUUAGUGGUCAAAUUUCAUCAUCACUAGGCAGUUUUAAGCAACUCUCUACGCUGGAUAUCUCCUUUAACAAUCUCAAUGGUCAAAUUCCCUCCUCAUUUCAAAACCUUAAACAACUUUAUUAUUUGAAAAUCCAAAACAACAAUCUCAGUGGUCAAAUUCCAAGUUCAAUUUUCAAACUUGUGGACCUAGGUAUUCUCAUCCUUUCAUCCAAUAAAUUGAUAGGAGAAGUCUCUUCUGCAGUUUGCAAGCUAAAGUCCCUCCAAAUUCUUGACUUAUCAAACAAUAGUUUGAGCGGCUUCAUUCCACAAUGUUUGGGAAAUUUCAGCGACACCCUUUCAGUCUUGCAUUUGGGCAUGAGCAAUUUCUAUGGAACCAUCCCUGAUACAUUUUCUGUAGGCAACUACUUGAGAUAUGUGAACUUCAAUGGCAAUCAAUUGCAAAGGAGAAUCCCGCUGUCAAUCUCCAAUUGUAAACAUUUGGAAAUUUUAGAUCUUGGCAACAAUAAUAUAAAUGAUACAUUCCCCUACUUUGUGGAAACUCUUCCGGAGUUGCAAGUUCUAGUGCUACAAUCCAAUAAACUCCAUGGUUUGGUGAAAGGGUCCUCUGCCAAUUAUUCUUUCUCAAAGCUACGAAUUUUUGACCUUUCCAAUAACAUGUUUAGCGGACCUUUACCCAUAGAGUAUUUUAAUAAUUUCAAAGCAAUGAUAAACACUGGUGUGAAAAUGGAAUACAUGAGAGAUCCAAAUAGUGCUUAUGAUUAUUCUGUGAGGUUGACAUACAAAGGAUGGAAGAUUGAGUUGAUGAAAAUCCAAACACUUCUCACAACCAUUGAUUUGUCAAGCAAUAAAUUCAAAGGGAAGAUCCCACCGUCGAUUGGAAAGCUUAAAUCACUUAUAUUGCUCAACUUGUCACACAAUCAACUUACAGGCAAUAUUCAACCUUCCUUGGGGGAUUUGAGCAAUUUGGAAUCACUAGACCUCUCUUCGAAUCUUCUUGUUGGUAGGAUUCCUGUGCAAUUGGUAGAUUUGACAUUUCUACAAGUAUUUCGGGUUUCACAUAAUAGACUUGAUGGACCUAUACCUGAAGUAAUUUCCACUAAAAAUUUGUGGCAAUGGGAAGGGGCAACAACCAACGUCAAAAGAAGAUGA